AACGAAUAAGUAUACUUUGUAUUAACGUGAAAUACACAUUUAAGCGUUAUCCAGUGAAUGCUAUUUCUUUAGCUGUAUUAUUAUAAUUAAUAUUGCCUGAAAGCUCCCCUUACCAUUGGCACGGAAUGGUAUAUCCCAUUGCGUACCCGGAAGAAGACUGAAAACAACCCUGACCCGCGCACCGUUUGAUUCGACAAGUGAAGCCCCUGAUCCAAAGCCAGCUGUAGCAGGACACGAAGCAUGCAGGACGAAUCGAGCCGGUCCGCCAGCUACACCGUGGCCUGCGAGGACUAUGUGCAUGUGGUAGAAUUCAGCCCUUUCAGCUGUGGUACUCCUGUGUCUCUCCUGGCCUAUGGAGGAAACCAGUAUGUAGUAGUGGGCACCUGCCUCUUCCAGGAGGAGGACAUGGAGGUAGAAGGAGUUGAAUUCACUGUGCUUCGUGCUUUCCAUCAUGAAUUGCGUGUUGAUGCUCUUGCCUGGAGCCCUGAGUCCCGGCUGGACAGAAUACCCACUAUCAGAUUUUGCACUGCUGCAGCUGACAGAAAACUGCGCCUGUUGACUUCUGAUCUUCAGGAUAGGCAUGAAGUCAAGGUGAUGGAGGGCCACGCCAGCUACAUUAACCACUUGGUGUUCGAGCCCACAGAGGGGAAACAAAUUGCUUCCGUCAGUGAUGACCACACUUGCAGGGUCUGGGAUCUGGAUGGCAAUGAAAACACCACACUCAGACUUCGCUCCCCUGGUGUCAGCGUGUGCUGGCAUCCAGAGGAGGUCUUUAAGUUAAUGGUGGCAGAGAAGAAGGGGACAAUUCGCUUCUAUGACCUGGUUACCCAGCAGGCCAUUCUGUCUCUGGACUGUGGCCAGUCACCUCUCAUGUCGGCUGACUGGUGCCUCACCAAUACUAUCAAAGUCGGUGCUGUGGCAGGCAACAACUGGCUCAUCUGGGACAUUACCCGCUCCAGUUACCCUCAAGAAAAAAGACCAGCCCACAUAGACAAAGCACGGUUGUUCAAGUGGUCUCGAGCCAAUGAAAACCUCUUCUCCACCACUGGAUGUCCAGGGAAGAUCAGUAGUCAGUUACUCAUCCACCAUCUUGGUCACCCACAGCCAGUGAUGCUUGGAUCAGCCUCAGUGGGAGCGGGACUCAGCUGGCACAGGACACUCCCUCUCUGUGUGAUUGGCGGCGACAGGAAGCUUUUAUUUUGGAUGACUGAAAUGUAGUCAUCUUGUACAGUACUUUCCAUGAUGUGUAAGAGUUGUACAGAUUUUCAACACCAGGUCCUCUAUUUCUAUUCUAGUGCACAAUAAAAUAUUUUUGUGAGUA